AUGAAGAUUGCUAAUUCGUAUCGGUUGUUGGACACGUUUGCAUUAUUUUUAAUUUUUUACAAUUUUAAUAAUUUCUAUCUGGUUAUACUAUUAAGUUUUUUCAUUAUUGCAAGUGUAGUUAAAAAUUUUAUUGCUCAUGUAUUUAUUGUACUAUUUCUAUCAAAACGUCCAUCUAAAGUGGAUUUUACCCUUUCUAAAGAACGUUUGAGGGACAGAAACUGCCUUUUUUACAGUCUCAUCGUUACGCUUAUUACUUCAACCUUGUUAAGAUACUAUUUCAAUAGUUAUUUUUAUAUACCCGUUAAGGUGUUUGCAAUAAGUAUCGUAUCAUCGUCAAUGAUCAACGAACCGAGGAACAGGAUUUAUAUUGCAUUUCUAUGCUUUUGCUCAUUUCUUUUGUUUACAUAUCUCGAAAAUUUACCUAUUGUUAAAUUGACCUUGCUAAGUUUACAAAGGAAAAGUUUAGUUUAUAAAUAUGUUUCGACAGCAAUUUCCACUGACUUCCAUUUCUCUGGUUUCAACUUUUUGAAUUUUGGAAAUAAUCAUUGGAUACACUAUGAAAAUUUGUUGCAAUUUACAUUAUGUUGUAAUAUUAUAGUAUCUCAAAUUUUAAAAGAUCUUUUUAGAAAAUCUUCAUCAUCUUCAAGUGGGGAAAGUAGAAUCGAAUUGACAGAACCAAUAUUUGAGUCUAAUAUUAAAGAUUUCAAAUUUUAUGAACCGAAUGUGACUAAUUAUAAUUCUCAAGCUGUAAGCACCACUGCAUUUUCCACUAUAUCAAAUUCAAUGAAUGAAGAAACGAACACUUGGAAAAAUAAGUUCUUCGAGUUACUAGUUACUUCUGAUGAUCAUAAGGAGAAUGAAAUAGCAGGAGUUAUAACCGAAACAAGCAACCUUGAAAAUUUUAUUAGACACUUAUUUCAGUGGAAGAAAAAUUAUUUAAUAUCUCCAUUGUGGUCUAUGUUUGUUACAUUAAAAGCGACAAAUUUUGAAAAGAAGUAUCUAAAGGAGGUUACAACAGCUAAAAAUUUGAACACAGGCAGCACUACUUCAAAUAAUGAUGAUCUUUCACCAACUUUUUCUGCUUCAAGCAUAGAGGAAACCUCCAAUUUACAAAAUAAGAGUUUAUUCGAUAAUUCUUUAGAUGUCAAUAAUAUGGAAUUGAUAGUCCAAACUGCAUCCGAUGAUUAUGACCAGUUAAAUUUAAUUUCAUCUAAUGAAAAUAUCUUUAGCAGGGGUGAAAAUGAAUAUAAAAUUUGUAUUACAGAUAUAGGCUCCCAUUCCAUCACCUUUCAUAUUGAAAAUUUAUCGGAAGGCCAACUUAUUGUGCUUGUAAAUGGUGUUAUAUGGUCAGAAGUAUCCUGUGCAUUGAUCUUUGAAAGGGAAUUUGAACAAUUUGUAGUGGUGAAUGGACUGGUUCCAUCAUGCUCUUAUGAUAUCCAAUUUAUUAAUAGACUAAACCAAACUGAUGAUCAUCUAAUUUCUGAUAUUGUUGUACGUACACGUAGUUUGAAGAUACCACAUGAAGAUUUCGAUAACAAUAUCCCAGAAUCUUCUUCAAUUAAUGAAAAUGAGUCCUUGGAAAACAUCGAUUUUAGUUUUCCUUCUUAUUACCAUAGAAAAUUCCUGUCACCUCUUUUAACAUUAAAACAUUCGGUAUUGACAACAAAUACCAAUCUGUCAGAGGAACGUAUCAAAUUAAAGAAAACAAAGAAAGAAAUUAAUAAGAAAUUGAAUACAUUAAGACAAGAAAUUGAUCACAUAAAAUCCAAGAUGAAUCAAAAUGCAUUAAAUGACGAAAAGAGUACCUCAAAAAUAGACGGGUUAAAGACUACAUUGCAACAAAAUGAAGCUUUGACAAUUAAAUUAGAAACCCAAUUGAAAGCUUUGACAGAUAAAGAACUUCAAUUAGAGUCUGAUCAUUUAAAGCAAAAAGACCAGCAUUUGAAAAGAAGCCUGGAGUAUAGUAAAUUAGAAGAAUCUUUGAAAGAAAAGCUUGCCGUUGAAAACAAGCAAUUGACAAAACUACAAACUGAGUAUAAUCAACUAGCGUCAAGAAAUGAAAGGUUGACCGCUAUGCAUGAUAAGUUGAUGAAAGAGGUUUCAAAAACUUCAGAAGAGUCUGAAUCUUUAAAGAACCAGUUUAUUCAACUAAGGGAAUCAGAUCGUCAAAGAAGGAAAGAGCUUAGAGCUCAAACAGCAAAUGAAUUUGAGCUAGCAAUCAAAGGUUUAGAGCAAGAUAUCAGUCGUCUAGAAUCUGAAAACAGUAAUAUGAAAAUGUUAAUGACUGGUUACUAA